AUGGCACUUCCGCCCGCGUGCCACCCCCCUCGCCACAGCCAGAGUGCCAGCCUCUCCUCAUGGCACUUCCGGCCCGCGUGGCACCCCCCCUCGUCACAGCCAGAGUGCCAGCCUCUCCUCAUGGCACUUCGGCCCGCGUGCCACCCCCCCCUCGCCACAGCCAGAGUGCCAGCCUCUCCUCAUGGCACUUCCGACCCGCGUGGCACCCCCCCCCUCGUCACAGCCAGAGUGCCAGCCUCUUCCUCAUGGCACUUCCGCCGCGUGGCACCCCCCCCCUCGCCACAGCCAGAGUGCGUGCCUCUCCUCAUGCACUUUGGCCCCCUCGCCACAGCCAGAGUGCCAGCCUCUCCUCAUGCAACUUCCGGCCGCGCGUGGGCCCCCUCGCACACAGACUGCAGACGCCCCGCGCGUGCACCCCCCCUCGCCACAGCCAGAGUGCCAGCCUCUCCUCAUGGCACUUCCGGCCCGCGUGGCCACCCCCCCUCGCCACAGCCAGAGUGCCAGCCUCUCCUCAUGGCACUUCCGGCCCGCGUGGCACCCCCCCCCUCGCCACAGCCAGAGUGCCAGCCUCUCCUCAUGGCACUUCCGGCCCGCGUGCACCCCCCCCCUCGCCACAGCCAGAGUGCAGCCUCUCCUUCAUGGCACUUCCGGCCGUUGGCAUCCCCCCCACGCCACAUCAGAGGGCCGAAUGAGGCUCCGUUUGGCAAACAUUGGACUUGCGCCUCACCACCCUGUCUCCACCGCAGCCUCACCACCCCUCACACGACCCCCUUCCCUCAUAUCACCACCGCCAGCCUCAUCCACCCUGUCUCCACCGCAGCCUCACACCCUGUCUCCACCGCAGCCUCACCACCCUGUCUCCACCGCAGCCUCACCACCCUGUCUCCACCGCAAGCCUCACCACCUCACCGCAGCCUCACCACCCUGUCUCCACCUGCAGCCUCCACCACCCUGAUCUCCACGCCAGCCUCACCAUCCUGCCUCCACCGCAGCCUCACCACCCCCUCACCACGACCCCUUCCCUCAUAUUCACCACCGCAGCCUCACCAUCCUGUCUCCACCGCAGCCUCACCACCCUGUCUCCACCGCAGCCUCACCAUCCUGUCUCCACCGCAGCCUCACCAUCCUUCUCCACCGCAGCCCACCAUCCUGUCUCCACCGCAGCUGUCUCCCUCAUCCACCCUGUCUCCACCGCAGCCUCACCACCCUGCUCCCACCGCAGCCUCACCAUCCUGUCUCCACCGCAGCCUGCCUCACGCAGCCUCACCACCCCUCACACGAACCCCUUCCCUCAUAUUCACCACCAGCCUCACCAUCGUCUCCACCGCAGCCUCACCCACCCCCUCACCACGACCUUCCUCAUAUUCACCACCGCAGCCUCACCAUCCUGUCUCCCACCGCAGCCUCACCACCCCCUCACACGACCCCUUCCCUCAUAUUCACCACCGCAGCCUCACCACCCUGUCUCCACCGCAGCCUCACCACCCCCUCACCACGACCCCUUCCCUCAUAUUCACCACCGCAGCCUCACCACGCUGUCUCCACCGCAGCCUCACCAAUCCCCCCACGACCCUUUCCCUCAAUUCACCACCGCAGCCCACCACCCUGUCUCCACCGCAGCACAUCCACCCGCAGCCUCACACCCUGUCUCCACCGCAGCCUCACCCCCUGUCUCCAAGCCUCACCACCCUGUCUCCACCGCAGCCUCAGCACCCGCCCUCCACACCACCCCCUCCCUCAUAUUCACCACCUCAGCCUCACCACCCUGUCUCCACCGCAGCCUCACCACCCCCUCACCACGACCCCUUCCCUCAUAUUCAACCACCGCAGCCUCACCACCCUGUCUUCCACCGCAGCCUCACCAUCCUGUCUCCACCGCAGCCUCACCAACCCUGUCUCCCACCGCAGCCUCAGCACCCCUCACCACCACCCCCUCCCUCAUAUUCACCACCCUCAGCCUCACCACCCUGUCUUCCACCGCAGCCUCACCAACCCCCUACCACCACCCUUCCCUCAUAA